UGUACCCAGAGCUCCUUCUUGUUGUUUUCUGAGCUGAGAGUCAGUGCUGCGAGUGAAGAGGGACUUAGAAGUUACCAGUGUCGGAGGAUUUUCUCCAAACCUAGCAUUUGUUUUUUUUCUUUUUUGCAUGAGAAAGGACUGUGGAGUCAGCCGCGCAGAGGAGGAAUCAAAGUGGGAAGGAUGCUGAUCCGAGCGGAGCCAGGACCCGCAGCCUCACAUCACCAGACCAGCCCGACCCCCGGAUCCUCCUGCAACUUUUAAUGUGUUGAAGUUCACCUCUGCUUGUUGGUUUUCUACUUUUUCCCUCCUAUUUAAUCGCUUUUGCCGGUUGCUCGGUCGCUCGCCAUGGUUGGUUUGUCGGUCCACAGUGCGCUCUUUAUGUGCGCCUUCCUCCAGCUGUUCUUCUCCCUACCCGGCGGACAGGUGCCCGUGCCAAACUGCCAAGAGGUGCGAUCAGUGUUUCAGACUCUGCACCCAGGCUCCAAGUGGGUCCCCGAAACCCCAGUGUCAGGUUCGGAUCUGCAGGUUUGCCAAACCAAAGGCCCAACCUGCUGUUCCAGGAAGAUGGAAGAGCGGUAUCAGGUGGCUGCACGCAGUAACAUGGAGUCUGGUCUGCAGGUUGUCAGCGCUCAACUCAAACGUCUCAUCAUCCAGAACGCCGCCAUAUUUCAAGAGGCCUUUGAUCUGGUUCUGCGUCACGGUCGAAACUCCACUCUGGCCAUGCUGAAAUCAGAGUUCCCAGUACUCGGAGGUGGGGCCCAGAGCACUGUGGGGCAGCUCUUUUUGGACAUGUCGUUGUACAUCCUGGGCUCGGACUCAACAGUGGACCACAUGGUGACAGUGCUUUAUAGCCGACUGUUCCCCCUGAUGUACCGCCGCCUAUUGGGGGGCAGUGGGUCCACCGUGUCUGAGGAGUGUCUGAAAGGAGCCUGGAAGGACUCAGGAGCAUUUGGCUCUUAUCCCAAACUGAUGAUGACUCGCCUGUCGCGGUCCUUGCUGGCGACACGAGUCUUCUUGCAGGCACUGAACCUGGGCAUUGAGGUUGUCAACACCACUGACCACCUGCGGCCAAGUCGGGACUGUAGCCGGUCGCUGCUGAGGCUGUGGUACUGUCCGCAAUGCCAGGGCAUGCUGGGGCCACCGGCCUGCAGAGGCUUCUGUCAAGCUGUGAUGCAUGGCUGCCUGGGGGGAGCGGCAGAAGUGCAGCCUCACUGGAAGAUCUAUGUGGAUGGACUGGGGAAGUUGGCCAGCGCCAUGAGAGGAGAGCAGGACAUGGAGGCUGUAGUUCUCAGACUUCCUUCUAUGAUCAAACUGUCUCUCAAACAUGCUGUGAAUGCCCGCAGCCGCCUCACUACCCUGGUGAGUGGGAUGUGUGGACAGUCUCCACCGAGGGCCUCUCGCUCCGUUGGAUCCCCUCCUCCCCAAGUUCCCGCCGCCUCCGCAGGCCGCAGCACUCAGCCUUCCUCAUCCUCAUCCUCUUCCUCAGAUGCUGAUGAGACUUUGGCUGGGCUCCGCAGGGAGUUCAUAUCCAGCCUGAGGGGCUUUAUCUCCUUCUACAGUGGUCUAGGAGAGGCACUGUGCAGCCGCGAGCCUCCUCCCACAAAUCACUCCCUCUGCUGGAACGGCCAGGAGAUGACAGACAGGUUUUCCGGACCUGGCCUGAAGCGAUCACAUCCUGGCCCAGAAUCCCGGAGCAACAAACCCCCAGAGCCAAUCAUCAGCCAGAUUAUAGACAAACUCAAACACAUCAACCAGUUGCUGCGGCUUGUGACCGUGUCUGAGAAGCGCUGGAGAGUCCGGUCACGUGGAGGUGGAGCGGACGGGUGGAGCGAUGAGGGAGAGGAGGGAUUUGGGAGCGGCGACUGCGAUGAUGAAGAUGAGUGCAGUGGGAUGUCUGGGCUGGGGCCACCACCGAGACGCAAACGGUUGCGCAUCUUUGCAGACCUUGCCGAUAACCUGGGAAUGGACGACUUCACCUUCCAGGAGCAGCUGUUGACCCCUCGCUUGGCCACAGCCGGGGUCGAAGGCGUCUCUUCACCUGCGGCUCCAAUAUGGAGGAGUUCCUUUGUCCCGACUCUACCUGUGACGCUUACUUUCCUCCUACUUUGCCGCCACUGACCGGUGGACAACCUGUACCAUCACCUCUUCCCUCUAGGAUUCAAUACAAACUUUGUAGGGCGUGGCAAACAUCUUCAAAGUUUCCUCUGUUUUGUUUUUAUUCUAGAAGUGUUAAAUAUGUUCUCAGCAGACAAAUUAAAGCACACAAGAUAAACCCAUGGCAUUGUGUAAAUUAAAAAAAAAAAAACAUUCUCUGGUCCUACUCCCAUUACAACUUUUGCACCUUCUAGCCCCCCCCUCCCUCUGCUUUCAUACUGACUUCUGUACAGAAACAAACUGAUGGGGCCUCGUCAUUAGAGAGCCCUGUGAUGACCCUGUAAGUGAGGAGCUAUUUGGACAAAACAGACCUUCUUAAAAUGCUCCCUCUCUCAGCCUGCACUGAAUUAUCGCCCUGCAGGAACAAGUCGAAGUCAGCUGUUGCCAUUUUCUCCCAUGGCAGUGAAUGAUCUCCUGCCAGGACUGUUGGAGAAUUUUACUGAAACACAGACUGGGGUCAAUGAACCCGGUACUUAAAGCUGCACUGUACCUUAAAACACUCCUUGUUUCCUUUCUCUCUCAUUUGUGUCUUAGUAAUAGCUGAAUCCACUCCAGCCAUCGUCACUGUUUAUUUUGUAAUGCUGGUGCUCUUUUAAAACAGUAACAGCCCUAUGAUUAAAAAAAUACUAAAGGGCUUUCAUAUACUGUAAGUCUCCAAACCAUCCUGAUAACUGUACAGAUGUAUGUUUUCCUGUGUUGGUGCCAUGUUUC